AUGGUGUCCUUUACUUCCCUCAUCACUGCUGCUGUUGCUGCGACUGGUGCUUUCGCUGCUCCCGCCACUGAUGUAGCUGCUCGUUCCUCCGGCGACCUCGUCGCUCGCCAGAGCACCCCCAACGCCGAAGGAACACACAACGGCUGCUUCUACUCUUGGUGGACUGAUGGUGGCUCCAAGGUUACUUACACCAACGGUGCAGGUGGCAGCUACAGCGUCAACUGGGGAAGCGGCGGCAACUUUGUUGGUGGUAAGGGCUGGAACCCUGGAUCGGCCCGCACCGUUACCUACUCGGGCUCCUACAACCCCAACGGCAACUCCUACCUUGCCAUCUAUGGCUGGACACGUAACCCUCUCGUCGAAUACUAUGUCGUUGAGAACUUCGGAACCUAUGACCCGAGUUCCCAGGCUAGCAACAAGGGUACCGUGACUGCCGACGGCUCUUCCUACAAGAUCGCUCAGUCGACCCGUACUAACCAGCCAUCCAUCGAUGGAACAAGGACCUUUCAGCAGUACUGGUCUGUUCGCCAGAACAAGCGCUCCAGCGGAUCCGUGAACAUGAAGACUCACUUCGAUGCUUGGGCCAGCAAGGGCAUGACUCUUGGUAGCCACUACUACCAGAUUGUCGCUACCGAGGGAUACUUCUCUACCGGUUCUGCGUCUAUCACUGUGAACUGCCCGUAA